AUGAGAGCCUCGAAACGCCGGCGGCAGCAGCAGCACGCGACGCUCGUCGCGCAGCUCGAGCUUGUGCAGCAAAAGCAGCAGCAACUACACGAGGAAUCUCUCGCCUUUGCUGUGGAUCCUGUAGCCCCGGAGAAAACGGCCGCCCAGCACUCCUUGCGUUCGUUGCGUCAAUUGACGCCUGAAGUAACGGUACUAUGUGCACAGACUGGCGCAGUUGUCGAGCGUGUUGCGAACGCAAAUGAGAUCGCCGAGAAGAUGACGCGCGAAGUGCGACGGCUGGACGUGAUCCAAUCGCGCCUGAGCGUGGUGCUCGAGCAGUCGGCGCAGCUCCUGACGCUGCGCAACGCGUUGGCGGGCAUCCGACGCGCUAUGCUGCAGCAGAGGUACCCCGAAGCUGCUACUUUUCUGCAGACACUCAAGAGCAUUGAACAGCAAACGGCACUGGACGUAGCCGACAAGUUGCGUGUCGACACGAUGGAGAACGACCUCAAAGGAGUUAUUGAAAGUGCUUUCGACGACGGAUUGCGGACGGGGGACAACCGCAAGAUCGAGACGUACGCGCCGCUGUUUAAAUUGGUGGGAAAGGACUAUGAGGAACGUGGACUGAUGAUGCUGCUGGAGCACGUCCAACGGUCAUUGGACGAGUCCAUGAAGCGAGACGGAGAUCCUCAUGUUGAUGGCUCUGAUACUCAGGAAGUACUCACACGCCUUGCAGAGGUGUUCAACCAAGUGGCACAAGAAGCACAGCUGCACGCAAAGUUGCUGUCUCAGUGCUUUGAUCGAGUACACGGUCCGACUCGAUUUGUAGUAAAGCUUUACACGAUGGGCGAGCAGUCGGCCGUGGCGCUGUUGAACACAUACAUGGCACAACGCAAAUUUCACGAGCGCAUCACGAACGUGGGGCACCUGGGGUCGCUGGCUUCGACUGAUGUGACGCCAUCGUCCAAUUGCAGCACCAACAGCCGUGGAGCUCAAGCUGAACGAGGCGAUCUCAAGGACGAUUGCGUAGCCGUGAUGAAUGAACAGCUGAAUGAAAUGGCACUAGUGAUUCAGCACACGCAAACUUACGAGCGCUUUAUGCGCUCACGCGUGGCGUGUGAAGACAAAGACGAAGAAAUGCAGGGAACUACGGAACCUGGACACGAUGAGCCGACGAGUGCUACUGAUGCCGAGGACGUUCCUCAGUUACCUUCAGUCCAAGAAAGUGAGCUGGGAAAAACAGUCCAGGAGCUGGCAGGGUUCUACUGUUUCUUCGAGAACGCACUGCUGAACCAAGCUGCACAAAAAGCUUUUCAGUGGGAAGAACUGCAUUUCACAUCCGGAAGUGAUGGUUCUCGCGGUACUGAAGUCGGAGUUGAUGGCGGCGAUGCACUGAUUUGCUUCCCGAUUUCAUCAGCCAUUGACGAGAUCUUUUACGUAGCACGCAACAGUGGGUCGCGCGCAUUGGCGACGGGCCAUGUCGACAGCGCGGCUGGGGUUCUCAACAUGAUCAACACGGUACUACGUGACGUCGUGGGAGACACGAUGCGAAGCCGCAUCCGUCGCAUGACUACGUCCGCGAAAAUGGACAUAACAGCUGGAGAUGCGGCAAGUUUGUUGGUUUCUUCUUCUGUGCAGUUGCGCGGUCAGAUGCAGCAGCAAUUUGCUAAGCUUAGCAAGACUGUUGGGCCUGUAGGCGGUGUCAAUGGUGGCGGUGAGAUGGCUGGUCAAUCGUCGGAGCAGCGCAAGGAACACACACCUGACGUCGUACUCAACAGCUUGGAGGUGACUUCUGGAUACAUCGCACAAUUGAAGAGCGAGUUCCAACACGAGCUGCCCGAAGCCUUCCCAGAGGUACCACAACACAUUAUGACUUGUCUCAACGCGCUCGAAGAUGCAUCAGCCGAACUUCGGCAGCUGCUUGAAGCGUCACGAAAAAAGCUGUUGAAGCUUCUGGAGCCCAAGAUCGCUUCGUUUCUCAACAGUCUGUUGUCGCCCUCCUUGUCGGCAGUUUCCGCAGCCUCGGCUUUGGCGGCAUCCGCAACAGCUCUGUCGUCUGCGCAUAGACGCAACGGCGUACAGUAUGAGCUGACGGAGGCAACAUUCACAUUCAACGAGGCAAAUGAUCCGUUUGCACACGUCUUUGUACGCGGGUUGCAUUCGCUGCUAAGCUGCUUCCGUGAGAGCUUGUCGCGGAGCAAUUACCGUGCUGUCGUGCAGGGCGUGGCCCAAUACACUGCGACUCAGCUCGAAGCUUGGUUCGUCAGUCGAGUUGCUCGCGUCAAUCAGCUGGGGGCGUUGCAAUUCGAUAAAGACGUGCGUGUUAUUAGCACGUUUUUCAGCGGUGAAGGUGGCGCCAAUGACGAAGUACGUGAGACGUUCGCCGCUUUGACCCAGCUUUCCGAGGUUCUGAACGUGGACAGUCCUCACGACGUACUGGACGUGUACGGGCGGCGACACCGCGGCGUAGCUUGGAAGUUACCAGCCGAUCGUGUGAAGGAGAUACUAUCACGUCGCGUAGAGUUUGUCGAUGCAGACAUCAAUCAGCUGGUCCUGAAGUAG